CAGCUGUUGCCUGGGAUCACGUGAGUGUGACGUCACCACUAGUACACCCGAAGCAGGCAGAGAUACCCCAUUGAAACUGAAUCAUAUCAAGGCAUGAGUCUCGUGAUAUCCGCUUGAGGGCGCUGUACUCACUGACAGUCGGAUCACCUCGGCCUUCUCACAUUCAAGAGGGUGGUGUUUCGCAAUCAGGACUGGUUCAGCUGCAGCGUGUUUUCCCAAAACAACAAUCACGUCACAGAUUGCUCAAGGGGAGAGAACCAAUGACAUCACUGCCCCGAAACCAGGUCACUUGGCUGCAGGUAUACCAACCAAGUGUCACUGAAAUACCGCGUUCUUAUCAUCUCGCGAGAAUCACGUGACUCGGGAGUGUCGCGAUUUUAUCACCGCAACGGGGAGAUUAUUGAAAUGUACUUUAACAUCGUGUUCACGACCUCUGCAUUCAUAUAGCGUUGUCUACCACAAAGAGGACCGGUGUAAGGCAGAUCAAGUUCAACAUGGUCUUCUUUCGGCAGCUCCGGCUGCUUAUGUGGAAGAAUUACCUUCUACAACGUAAAAAGAUUUGUGUGACAGUCUUUGAAAUUCUUUUACCUCUUCUGUUUGGAGUGAUAUUCUUCAGCAUGAGAUUUCUGGUAGCGACCUCACCUCAAUCAGCGGAAGUGUAUUACCCCAGAGAGGUGACAAGGCAACUGAACAAUUAUUAUGGCUAUGAUGAGGUUCUGUUCACACCCAACAAUACCCUCAUCAAUGGACUGAUUACAGAUAUCAACGAAACCGUUAACAGCAAAUCGCCAAGAUUAAGUUAUUAUUCAAACACACUUACGUUGAAAGGAUUUUCAUCGAGGAAAGAUAUGCUGGACUACUUCAGAUACAAUUCUGAUCAAGUCGGCUUUGCUGUUGAAUUUGAAAACGUUGGACUGUCAGACACCGACAUGCCCAAGAAACUGCGGUACGCCAUUCGUCCAAAAGGUGACCGAUAUCAAGGUUGGCACACCACUGAAACGACUCCUUUUGUGGCUACUUCGGGUCCAAGAUCCACGUACGAUCCAGACUAUAGCGACUUUAUGAAACUGCAGCGCAUUUUUAACGAAGCCAUCAUCAAACAUUUCAACCCGAACUCAAAUGCUACACUGCAGAACCUGGAUGUACAAAUGCUCCGAAUGCCAUACCCGCCUUACGUAACAGACGCCAUGAUUCUGCUGCUGCAGUACAUGUUUCCUGUGUUACUGAUGCUGAGCUUCAUCCUGAUGGCCAUCCAGACAACAAAGGGAGUUGUCUACGAGAAGGAAAGAAAACUGAAAGAAUCCAUGAAGCUGAUGGGUCUGAGCGCUGCAGCUCACUGGACGUCUUGGUUCCUGACCAGCUUUAUAUACCUGUUGGUAAUUAUGGCCCUGUACGCUCUGCUUUGCGGAGUUAACGCAAGUGGAAAUGGGGCAGCUCUGGCCAAAUCAGAUCCCUCCCUGUUCUUUGUGUUCCUCCUCUGUUACGGCGUCUCCAUCAUCUCCUACUGCUUCAUGAUCAGCGUCUUCACUCAAAGAGCAAACAUUGGAGCAGCUAUCAGCGGGAUCGCGUUCUUCCUAUCCUACUGCCCGUACUUCUACCUAGCUAUCAUAUACCAAAACAUGUCGAGGUCAGCCAAACUGGCUUCCUGUCUCCUGUUCAAUGUAGGAAUGGCGUUUGGUGCAAAUGUCAUAUCACUCUAUGAAGGAGCAGGUUCUGGUGUGCAGUGGUCAAAUUUCCAUGAGCCCGCUACUGUGGAUGACAACUUUUCCUUGCUGGACGCCAUGUUGAUGUUGCUAGGCGACACAGCAAUCCACCUCCUCAUCACCUGGUAUCUGGACAAUGUCUGGCCAGGGGAGUUUGGUGUUCCGAAACCAUUCUACUUCCCUUUUACUGGCUCCUAUUGGUGUGGGACUAAGCAGACCAAUGCUGAUUAUUCAAGUAGUCAGAACUUGGAUGUGAAGCAUUUUGAGACGGAACCAAGAGGCAUGGAGACUGGAAUAUCCGUCCAAAAUCUCAAAAAGGUUUUCGGCUCUGGAUCUAAGAAGAAGGUAGCUGUGGAUGGGAUGAAUUUCAACAUGUACGAGGGUCAGAUCUCUGUUCUCCUGGGUCACAACGGCGCUGGGAAAACUACAACCAUGUCUGUUCUUACAGGUUUCAUUCCUUCGUCUGGAGGCACCGCCAUUGUGAACGGCUACGACAUCAACAACGACAUCCAGAGUGUCCGGCAGAGUCUAGGUCUUUGUCCUCAACACAACAUCCUGUUUGACAGUUUGUCCGUCCAGGAACAUCUGGAGUUCUUUGCCUGUUUGAAAGGUUGUCCGAGCAAGAAUAUUCAAUCUGAAGUGACCACUAUGAUAAAUGAAGUUGGCUUGAGUAUGAAGAGAUUCACAGAGUCUCAGCAUCUAUCUGGAGGACAGAAGAGGAAGCUUUCUGUUGGCAUUGCUUUGAUUGGAGGAUCCAAGAUCGUUAUCCUGGAUGAGCCGACUUCCGGUAUGGAUCCUGCAGCCAGAAGACAGACAUGGGACAUCCUUCAGAGGAACAAGCAGGGCCGGACCAUGUUGCUGACCACUCACUUCAUGGACGAGGCUGACCUCCUGGGUGACCGCAUCGCCAUCAUGACAGAAGGGGUGGUCAAGUGUUGUGGGACAUCCUACUUCCUGAAGAAACUCUACGGGGCUGGCUACCACCUGGUGAUGGUGAAGGAACCCACCUGUCAGGUGGCGUCAGUGACGGCAGUGGUCCAGCAACACGUCCAUACAGCUGUCAUUGAGAGUGAGAUCAAUGCUGAACUCUCCUACCUGCUGCCUGAUGACCAGUCAGCCAAUUUUGCUGCUCUCUUCAAUGAGAUUGAGAUCCAGAGGGGGAAGCUUGGCAUAUCUAGCUUUGGCGCAAGUGCAACAACCAUGGAGGAAGUGUUUCUUAAAGCGGGUGAGGAGGAACAAGAAGAGUGUGGAAAUGCCAAUGAAGAUUACCCUACAGGAUCAAGAAACAAUUUGAUAUCAACCGGAAUAAAUGGUUGGAGCAAUGGAAAUUAUGAACUGAGAGACAGAGGCACGGCUGAUAUAUUAGCAUUCAAUCAGGGCUUCGCAAAAACCAGCGGGAUACUGCUGGAGUUAUCCCGCUUCAGAGGAAUGUUUGUAAAGAAGGCUCUUCACACAUGGAGGAACAAGACCAUCACCAUUGUCCAGCUUCUGUUGCCGGUUAUUUUCACCAUUGCAGCCCUGGCUAUCAGCAAGGUAGAUCCCGGAAAAGUUGUCGAGGUUCCAUUGACUUUAGACUUGGCACCAUUCAAAGGCACCGAAGUCCCAUAUCUUUAUGGCCCAAACCAAACCGGUUCUUCUGACAACCUGACACAAGCAUUUGCACAGGCAUACCGUGAUCAAUUCGAUAGUUCUCAAAAUAAACCUGAGAUGAUAAAUUUGUCAAAACAUAAUGUGACAAGCUAUUUCUUAUCAAGAGCAGAAGAACUUGGAAUCGGAGGAUAUAACCAAAAAGUUAUCAUUGGAGCACAGUUCAAAUCUAGCAGAGAAGCAAUCAGUCUUUUUAAUGGACAGCCUUACCACAGCCAGCCGAUAGCUUUGUCUUUCAUGAUGAAUGCAAUCCUCAAACAUUUUACAUCUCAAGAUCACUCUAUUACCACAAUCAACAGCCCACUUCCCCUUGACAAUAAAGACACAUCAGAAACAACACUUGGGGCAGUAUCUGCACUUGGCUUUUCUGUGGCCUUUUGUCUUAUCUUCGGCAUGGCCUUCCUAACUUCUUCCUUCGAGUACUUCCUCAUCAAAGAAAGACUGGUGGGCGCCAAACAUCUCCAGACUGUCAGUGGGGUUGGACCGUUUGUCUUCUGGUUGUCCAACCUGGCCUGGGACUACAUCAACUACCUGAUUCCAUCCUUCUUGCUGUUGAUUGUGUUUGCAGGAUAUCAGACACCAGCAUAUACCGAAGAUGGGAGAUUGGGCAUCGUGUUCCUCGUCCUGCUGGUGUAUGGUUUGGCAGUUCUCCCAUUCAUGUAUGCACUUCAGUAUAUGUUCAAGUCUCCUCCUACCGGGAUGGUUGUCAUCGUCAUCUUAAAUAUCAUCACAGGUUUGGCAACACUUUUGACAGCAUUCAUGCUGGUCAUAUUGGGAAAGAAAGCGGAAGCAAAUAUCACUGACUGGGUGUUUCUACUGAUAUUCCCUCACUACAACUUUGGCAAGUCCUACAUGGAUAUGUACAGUAAUUAUUUGUACCUGGAUACCUGCACAAAGAAAAACUACACUUCCCUGUGUGUAACAUCGCCAAGUGAUCCAUGUUGUAUACACAAUGGAACGUGCGGUGACACCUGCUAUCAAUUUAAUGAAAAUUUCUUGGCCUGGGACUCUCCCGGAGUCGGAAGAUAUGUUCUGUUCAUGCUGUUCCAGGCUGUGGUAUACAUGUCUGUGACACUUAUUAUUGAGUACCAAAUACCACAGAGAAUCUGGUACGCCUUCAGACCACAGGAAACAGAAAAACCACUGCCUGGUGCAACACCAUUCAGCGCCAUGCAACAGGUUCCAGAGGAUGGAGAUGUUCUCAAUGAAAGGCAACGUAUUGAUCAGCUUCCCAUUGGGAGCAGGAACUCAGAUGCACUGGUCCUAAAGGAUCUUUACAAACGCUACGGGAACUUCGUUGCUGUUGAUAAUCUGAGUGUGGGUAUACCAGAGAAGGAGUGUUUUGGUCUCCUUGGACAAAACGGAGCAGGAAAAACAACAACUUUCAAAAUGAUUACUGGAGAUGUGAUGCUGACACAUGGCAAUGUUUUCUUGCAGUCUUUCGACAUCAAGAAUCACACCCAGAAGGUGCAGGAGAACAUGGGCUACUGUCCCCAGUUCGAUGCCCUGAUUGACCAGAUGACCGGCCGAGAGACUCUCACCAUGUACGCCAGACUCAAGGGAGUGCCGGAGAACUGCAUCAAAAGGACAUGUAACAACCUGCUGGAUAUCAUGAUGCUCAGACAAUAUUCAGACAAACCAACAUCCGAAUACAGUGGCGGCAACAAGCGUAAGCUGAGCACCGCCAUCGCUCUGAUAGGAGACCCGGCCUUCAUCAUGCUGGAUGAGCCGUCCACGGGGAUGGACCCCAAGGCCAGGAGGCAGCUCUGGAACGUCCUGUCUCAAGUACGAGAACGUGGAAGGACACUCGUUCUCACGUCUCACAGCAUGGAAGAAUGUGAUGCUCUGUGUACAAGAAUUGCCAUCAUGGUGAAUGGAAGAUUUGUCUGUCUUGGAACACCACAACAUUUGAAGACCAAAUAUGGCCAGGGCUACACGCUGAUAGCCAGGAUGAAAACAGUUGAAACCCAGCCAGGAGUUUCAGAAGAAAGUGCUCCCGCUUCAACGGAACCUCUGGUGAACUUCAUCACAUCAACCUAUCCUGCAACCAAGGUGUUCGACGACCAUCAGGGCUAUGUUCACUUCCAAGUUCCUUACAACUCUGUCAGUCUCGCUCAGAUCUUCACCGUGAUGGAACAGUCCAAGGUGCAGUUCUCUGUCGAGGACUAUUCAGUUCACCAAACAACCCUCGAACAAGUUUUCCUCUCAUUUACACGUUCACAGAUCCUACCAAAGGAGGAUAAAACAAGCCUUUGCAAGAGGAUUUGCUGCUGUUGCUGAAGGAUUUCAGAAUAUAUGUACAUUAGAGUUGUAAUAGGCUUGGUUCUGACCAACUACAGACGUCCAAUGACAUCUGAGUUCCGUUAAUGUGUGAUGUAGGAACAAGAUGUUAAAUCAACCUUUUGGGACUUCGCGUUAUGUACUUUUAUUUAAUAAUAUGUAUUUGGGUUGACUUGCUCGCUGCUCAAAACUCAGUGACCAAUUCAUCAAUCGGGCAUAAAGCUUAUUGGGAAAUAACAGAGACAAACUGAGCAAUAAUAAUAGUUUAUUACAAGAAGGUGGUGGACAAAUAACAAAAAAACCCAACAACUUGUAAAUGCCACAAUUCUCUAACUCACAUACCCGUUCAGUCCUUCGGGUACAUGAAUCCCUUAAACUUCUCUUUUAAAAACCACUCAAACCAACCCAUCUUAACCGAAGAUUACCCCUGAAGAACAGCCUAAUCCUAUUUCGUUUUCCCCCAACCCGCCCUAACGCAAGAAUAAGAUAACUUAACACCCCUGUAUAGCGCCUACCAUCCUGCUGUAUAAUGGGGAUGGCAUGAUCCUGAAACACGACCUCGGGACAUUAUUACUACUAGCAGACAACUGAAUCCAGAAAGCCAGGCCACUUAUAUAGCGCUCUAGGACGACCUUUGACAUGAGUUUAUCUACUGACAACGGACGUCUCCGCCAAGCAGCGCCUACCCAACAUAUUUAGCACGACCCACGUGGCCUACCCAAUCUAUCUAGCACUACGAUGAACAGUAGCCCGGAAAAAAGUAGUCCCUUAAUUACAGCAAGUGAAACAAUGUGCUACAAGAAUCUACGGUAAGCAAUUAAUCUGUCAAUGGUCAUCACUGUCUAAAUAUCCCUAUAUGAACCCCCUGCCCCUACAUGUACUUACAUUACAAUUUAGCCCAGUUUUUCUACAGAGUGAAUAGCAUGAUCCAUAAAAUGGAAAAGUAAUAUAUUUGAUAUGCCCGGUAGAGAUAUAUAGCCAUGUAAUGUCUCAGUAGUCCAGAACUUGGCAAUGUUAUGGACAUAUGGUCAUUACAGAGAUGCUACCUUAACACUCCAGGAGCCUGUGAUGUAGACAUAUCAUCAUUCCAGAGAUGCUACCUUAACACUCCAGGAGCCUGUGAUGUAUACAACUCGUCAUUCCCUAGAUCCUGCCUUAACAUUACAGGGUCAUGUGACGUAGACAUAUCGUCAUUCCAGAGAUGCUGCCUUAACAUUACAGGAGCGUGUGACGUAGACAUAUCGUCAUUCCAGAGAUGCUGCCUUAACAUUCCAUGUGCAUGUGACGUAGACAUAUCGUCAUUCCAGAGAUGCUGCCUUAACAUUCCAGGGUCAUGUGACCUAGACAUAUCGUCAUUCCAAAGAUGCUGUUUUACUUAAAUGAAUACAAGCCUACCGCACUAACUGACAACACAUUGUGUUUAGUGUAAAUCCGUGCCAGCUUACGAGGAACAGCCAUCCUGCUGUCAUGGCUGGACAUCAACUGGUCUUUACUUCAAUAGUCUAGCCUUGCAUAGUCUACUUUCUACACGUAUAUCUAUUCUAUUUAUAUUUCUGUAUAUGUAUAAAUAUUUCUGUAUU